AGUAUUGACAUUAACAUUAUCCACAUGGUAGGCAUAGCGUCUUGCGAGUUCCAUCUGUGAGCAAUGGCGCUUCUUAACGUCUCCAUGUGUUCCAAAUUCUCUGCAAAGCCUCUCCUCUUGCGUCCUCAUCCCUCCAUUUCCGCCUCUCGUUCGCCUCUGGCACUUCCACUGAAGCGACAACCCGAAGCUUCUCAAAAACUUGCACUCUCAUUGACAGAAUCUGUGUCUACGGCAAGCUUGGUUGCUCUCUUUUCUGUUUCGUUAUUCUUCGCUGAUCCCGCACUCGCCUUCAAGGGUGGAGGACCAUAUGGGCAAGAGGUGACAAGGGGACAAGACCUUACUGGGAAGGAUUUCAGUGGCAAGACUCUGAUCAAGCAAGAUUUCAAAACGUCUAUAUUGCGACAAGCCAAUUUUAAAGGUGCGAAGUUGUUAGGUGCUAGCUUCUUUGAUGCUGAUUUAACGGGUGCCGAUCUUUCAGAUGCUGAUCUUAGAGGUGCUGACUUCUCUCUUGCAAAUGUGACAAAGGCAAAUUUGAGCAAUGCUAACUUGGAAGGUGCCCUUGCAACAGGAAACACGUCUUUCAAGGGGACAAAUAUAACUGGCGCUGACUUCACAGAUGUGCCAUUAAGGGACGAUCAAAGAGAAUACCUGUGCAAAGUUGCAGAUGGGGUGAACCCAACUACUGGAAAUUCGACGCGUGAAACAUUGCUCUGCAAUUAGGCAUUCCAUUUGCUUAGGAUAUCGUUAUGUUGAAUCAGAGGCCAUUUAUGGCUGAAGUUUUUGAAUUAUUGCCACAAUUCUCUCUGCUUUAUUCUAAGAAAAGGAAAUGUCUUGUUUCA